CUCUGCGACAAGUCAAGUCCGACAACCCCACCACCACGCACAAAGAAAUGUACAUCCCCGACGUCCAGAAGGCCCUCGUCGCAGCGCUCGGCAUCGCCGGCGCGCUCAAGCCGUCCAAGGUUGCCUCCGGCUCGGUGCUCGACUAUGCCGUCGAGUCGUGCCUCGACGACGACGGCAACGUCCGCUGCUCCAAGCCGUUCCUCGUGACCAAGAGCACGUGCUACAAGCUCAAGUGGCACACCGAGGGCGCCAUCUCGCACACCACCGUCGAGGUGCGCGACGCCGGAUCCAACGAGAUCGUCUACUACCGCGACACGGACGGCGAGUGGACGCCCGAGAAGGGCGAGCUGGUCUACCUCGACUUUAAGCCCAAGAUCCCGGGUCAGGGGAACAACACGGUCGACUACACCGUCAAGACUUGCGAGUAGGCUGGAGGUGCUCAGCUAGUGUCAGAAGUGUAGUUUGUCAUGUACCGUGUUCUGUUUA